GUGGAAGGGCUUUCCCCCUAAGAAUAGCAAUUGAGGAUUAUACAUUUAUCCGUAUCUGUUGUCAUUUAUAAUCAUAGCCCAAAUGCCCCGAUAAACAUAAACGUUUAGUGUAAAACCCACAAACAUGCCUUUAAAAUGGAUAAACAUUUAAUAUCAGAAUGACUUUGUAAAGGCUGCAUAUAUCUGUAAAGCCUUUUUUCAGAACUUGGUCACGGUUAACUGAUAUCACUAGAGCAUCUGAAUCAGUAGACCGGAAACAGGGAGGAUCAGAGUAGAAAACUAUUCCCAAUUUGUUUCGAAAUGAUAGAAUCGGACCAAAUCCAGGUCUAUAUAUUUGAUGGAAUUAAUGAAAAGGAUAGAAAACCCAGUUACUUCUUUUAGUGUGAAACAUGAAAAUAGAUCUUUCCCCGAAAUCAAGGAUAUGAGAUUAAAAUUUAAACGAGGCAGAACUCCAGGUAGCAUGGUCAUCUAUGCCGCAUGGGUACUUAUGUGGGCAGAUGUAUUUGGUAAAGUGCGGUCAGAGAAAGCUACUGUGACGUGUUCUGUUAGUGGCAGCAACAAUCAAAUUCUAGAAAUGACGUUGAAUGUAUUAAAAGAAUUUGACGUCAUAUCAGCAGUGACUGUUUAUACAGCGAAGGAGGAGGACCCAACGCUAAGCAAACCAAUCGAAAACGAUAGCUGCCGAGUGGCGGGAAACGGAGAAGAAGCCACGCCCUUUACUAUGACUGUAUCGUUUGAUGCUACCUUAGUUAAUUAUCCAUGUGGGGUUGCAGUGAUCAAUAUAAACGAAUAUCGGCUUCGACUACGCACAUUCGAACACCCUGGAGUGAAAUCUACGAAUGAUGUGUUUUUAGAUGCUGUGUGCGACCGAUCAGCUGGGAGUCAAACACUUAAAAUCUUACCUCAACCUGCGUUCGUACCUCCAGAAUCAAAAGUGCUAAGAUUUGAAUUAAUGUCCAACCAGAGUAGCUCUGUUACUUCAGUAAAUCUCGGGGAAAGUGUGUAUUUCAAAGCGGAGUAUUACUACAACAACGAAUACAGGGUGGGAACCUGUGGCUAUGAUUUUUGGUUGGCUCUUCCGCAGGACUCCGAUCCUUUCUUUGAUUUUACUCGCUACCUGAUAGUGACCCACCGACAACAAGACCCUGUCAAUGCCUCCUAUGUUGACUCCAGUGGCAACGAGACCUUUCUAAAUUUUGUACUGAACUUUUCUCAACAAAAGCUAGCGAUAGCUCCUCAUGCUGGCGUGGAGCGAGUGAGUGAUAAAUCUCUUCACCUCACCUCCUCCCAUCAGAUAUGUGUUCAAUCGUUCAACUACUUAACAGUGCAGAGUACGACCAUAUUUACCGUAUUCCCAACAAACAGUUUGGGAAAAGAAUACAUCAUCAAUAAACUCUUUCAGAGUAAUACUGUAGUAAUUCUCGCUACUGACCGGGAAACAGAUAUAACACUACAAGGCGAUGUCGCCAAACUGGAUGUUCCAUCAUCUCUUACUGGGCUUGUUCCUUUCGAAUCGCUGCAAAUUGUUGCUAAAGAGGAUGUCACUAAACUCAGAAUCAUCUCUACUAAACCAGUCGCCAUUUUCAUGGGUUCUCAGAAAACUGUUUCUAAUCCGGACGGAUUUGCAGAACAAUUAUCCGAUACGUCAAAUAUGGGAUCACACUUUCUAUUUUUUCCAGCUUAUGGGGAAAUCGUAUGCACGUCGUCUACGGCAAAUACAGUAUUAAGUUAUGUUUGCAAAGAUGGUUUAUCAGAAGAAAGGACUAUACAACAGCAUGAUAGUACAGUCUUCACAGCCUCAAGUUUACAGUACUGUAUAAUAGAAUCCAGCGCCCCACUUUCGUGUGGACAGUACUUUAGUUCCGUUAUAAACGGACCAGUCAAAGGCUAUAUGAACAUACCUCCUCGGUCUCAAUGGUCCACACAUUAUACGUUUGGAGCCUUUGUCAAUGUGGAAUAUGAGAUCAUUAUCGUGAUUGAGGAUGGCUACCAAAAUAACCUCAACGUUAGUGGAACCUUUGCCGGUGUAAUGGAGGGAUCUACCUUAUCGUGGACAAGUGCUGUUCGACACUCAGGAAUCACCUAUGUUGGCUUGACCUUUCAAAUAGGUAAAUUAUUUGGACCGAUAGUACAGGUUUCCCAUCCAAGCAAGUCUUUUCUUGUACUACUGCGGGAUAAUAGAGAAUUAUCUGUGACAAUUCCACCAAAGUCAUUUCUAACCAACGUGUGGAAAUGUAGCCAGACUUUGGGUUUCAGUGGAGAUCUAGUGGACAGUGAUUGUGAUGGGAGUGCAGACGAAGACAGGGAUAUCAUAACAGGAUCUGAGCCCUAUGACUUGGCAGGGUACACGCAAGGACUAAAACCUGCAGGCGAAAUCCGUUUUGCAAAUUGUAUUGCAAAAUCAAACAAUGAUUGGGAUGAUGGUGGACCAACCAUUCCUUUUAUUGAUGAAAAUGGGUGCCCAGUGGACAGUGAACUGUUCUCUAUAAAUGCAACCUUCUCCGAAAUAACUGCAAACAGAUUGCAUUAUCCGAGACUCUUUUCAUCCGGGUAUCUAGAGAGCGCUAGAUUUUCCGGAAGUACUGAUGUGUACUUUCAAUGUCAAGUUCUUCUCUGCUACGAUUACACAGGAAAAUGUUUUGAGAACGCAUGUGGAGUUGGUUCUGGAUAUAUCGGGAACAAAUAUGACCGGAUGUACGUAGAACAGAAGUUGAAAGUGUUAUAUAGCACGGAAAAACCCCUCCGUCGUAAACGUGAAGACACCAGUAGCAGUGCACCAGAAACAAGCACGGAUACAUACGUCAUCAUAUGUGUGACGUCCUUCAUUCCCCUGGUGCUGUCUUUGGCCGUCACGCUGGUUCUCUACAGAAAAUUUCUCUUCCUGAUUGAUGAAACGAUGAGUCAUUCCUCUCGUGGACUGCAGCUGGAAUCAAACAGCAAUAGGCUCUAAGCAGAAAAUGACAUCAGAGGGAAGCUCACCUCAAGAUGUCACUAAGCGGCCCGUCCAUCGAGUCCACGGGGGAACAACUGUUUGAUCACAAUGAAGAACACGAAUCGUAAUGUCUAAAAGACUUUAUUUAUUUGAAAAGGGUCUAUAGGCGAUGGUUCAUAUGAAUCGAUACCACGAUCGUAGUUUUGAAUUUGUCAGGUCUUUUUAUGUACAUAUUGCUUAUUUGGUUGUGGAUUAACUUUGCUUCCAGAUACAUUGAAUGUUAGAAGGAUGUUUCUGUUAUUGUUACAAACAUGGCAACUAUAAUUUAUUUGUAUGUACAUUUUUGUUGAUGUGUGUUGAUUGUGUACACAAUAAAGCUCAUUAGUCAUUAG